AUGAGGGUACUGAUAUCGGCUCCGUGCAAUCCUCACAAGAAUACAGCGACAUUAUUAAGGGAGCUUCUGGAUAUAAUUCCUAACUCUUAUGUCUGCGACGCCGAUCAGGAGUCUGGAGUGAGCAUAAAGAUAGUUGAGGACGUAGGACCCCAGUGGGUGGUCUUCAAGAACUCACAACUGCAGAUAGUUUUGAAAAUAGUCCAAUACAAAUCCAGAGACUACUUGAGAGUGUCAAAGCCCAUCUCAAAGGAUCACCUUCCCCAGCUCAUUGUAAACAAUUUCACAACAGACACCGGGAUGAAGAUAGUCGAAUUUCUGGCGGAGAUGUUUCCGUUUAGCCAGAGCUCGAGGCAGGUCGCAAACUUUACCGUUCAGGGCGACUUCAUAUACUUCAGAGUAUAUAGAUACUGCUUUGGAGAAAAAGGCCCGAUUAUGGAGAAUGUCGGACCUCACUUAACACUGAGGCUGUGGAGAAUGGUAGAGUAUAAGGGGGGCGAAAAAAAGGUCAUGAACUUCAAGAAGUUUAUCAAAAAUUCAAACAUACUAUGA